AUGGAAUUCAAUCCUGAAGAAGGAUUUUCUGUCAUAACGUUUAUGUCAGCUGAAAGUGAGUUUGUUGAUAACCGAAAAUAGGCCCUUUUAAAAAAAUUAUUAGUCUAUUUUCUUUUUAUGUCUUUUCUAUCCCUAUUAAUCAACCAGAAAAAAGGUGCAUUUUUUAUACGAUAGGCGAAAACGUUCAUAAAGAAGAAAAUGGGACCUGAUUUCCUUCCUUAUUUUCUACAAUACAUCUUCUAGGCAACCUGGUCAUCCCGGCCCUAGAGGGCAACUCAAUGUCCUGGAAAAGAAAAUAAGCUGCUCAUGAUGGUUAAAAAAUUCCUGUGCUAUUUUUUAUGAGGUGAAAAGCUUCUAAAGACAAGGAGUGCUGGCUUUUGUACAUCCGUGGUCUAACAUACUAGUCACGUAAUUAGUUGUUCCCUAGUCGCUAUAAUUCGUAAUUCCCUAUCCUUCAAGAUCGACAUGCAUUUCUAUGGAAUUUGUUAAAUAAAUUAACAAUUUUAUUAAUGUUACAUUUAAGGUGCACGAGGAGUUUUGAAUAAAGAAAAUCUCACCCUUGACAAUGCAGAGCUGACGGUCACUCUGCGCAAACCAACCAAGAAACUGCCAGUUGAUACCAAGACGCUUUUUGUGAAAGGUCUGAGUGAAAAAACCACCAGGGACGGCUUAGAGACUUUCAUGGAAGUAGCGAGUGGACUGGAAGUAUUAGAUGUACAAUUUGGAGAGCAAGGCGGUGCACUAGUUGUAUUCAAGGAAACAUAUAGUAAGUUAGUUUAUUUGGUUUAACGUGGAUGAGGCUGCAUGAGUAUGAUGUACCUGAUUGAAAACACCUUUUUCCUUAAAAAGUGUAAACCAUGAAUGAUAAGGCUUCAAGGAUUUAUGGGUAUACGUCCAUAAGCAAAGCAAAUUCAAAGUUCUUUCAACAAGAGUUCAGACACAUUGUCACGAGCUGCUCGUGUGCAUGCAAAUCCCCAGAGUACUUCGUUUAAAGCAUGCCGUUGCCUUUUUAUUUCCUUCAAGAUGAAAGCUUUCAGAUCCUAUCUUAUGAUUUUCAUAUGGCUACGCUCGUUUAACUAUAGAGAUCCCUGAUAUGCCCUACGCAGGUUAACUUGUGAACUUAUCACCAAGUAAACUGGAAACAUUUUAAACAUUUUUGGAAUGUAUCAUCACGAAAAGCUUCGAUAAUGUGAACUUUUGUGGAAAGAACUUUAAAUUUGCAAAGCUAAUCAAGUCCUACCCAUAAAUCCAUUAGGUCUCAUCGUUUAUUGUUCAUCUUCACAUUUGUUUACCGAGGUUAAAAUUUACCCUCUUUUAUUCUUUCACCAUUAAAUAUCGUGUGGCACGAAAUUUUUACGGGAGUUUGUUUUUGAGGAAAGGCGAUUUUUUUGUUUUGAAGAAACUGAUUUUUGUGACUGGGACAGAUUGGUUUUUCUUGCUGGGAAAAAAUUUUGUUAUUUUCAGAAGGUCCCGGACAAGUCAUUGAUAAUAUUUUCAUUUUUAUCGGGUACGUGCAAUAGAAAUUCAUAUUUUCAGACAAUAUUACGGUGUGCGUACCAAAUGCAAAACCAGUAAAACAGAUUACUUUUCUUUGCCAUUCGAUGACAAUUACAUUUUCAGUGACUGAAAGAACGGAAUCUUGAGACAAGCGGUCAUUGAAGAUACACGAAUUCUUAAUACUGUAUUUUGUUCAACGAAUUUAAGUAACAGAAUAUUUACUCUGGAGUAAAUUUUUGCGGAAAAAAUGUUUGCGGUAAUUUUUGCGGCGGGAGCUUAUUUUUCCGAAUCGCUGGAAAAUCGCAAAAAUCGCAAAUAUUAGUACCCGCAAAAAUUGUUGCUACACGGUAAGAGGAAUCUGGUCACAUAUUCAGCCGAUGGUAUUUUUUACACUUACAGGUUACGAUACUAUUACUCAGAAAGUUGCAAAGAAACCUCUUGAUGGCAAUAUGCUGGCAGUAGAGCAAGUGCCUGUCUGUCACUGCGUGCAAGUAACAGGGUUGAACACGGCAAAGACAACCGAGGAUGCCCUUCGUUACUACUUUGAAAAACAUAAGAGCGGUGGCGGUGAUGUCAGCAGCGUAGAACUGAAUAUAAAGGAUGGCUGGGCUUUAGUUUACUUCGAGAACCCAGAUGGUAUGUAA